UGGCGUUCUUUUCUUCCGUUUCUUAUCCUCAUUCAUUUGUUCAUCGUCCAUCAUCUGUGGCUUCAGUUUGUUGCCACAUUUUGAUUCUUUCUUCCAAUGCGCCUGCCUGGCCCCCCCAUUUGACAUGUCUCCUUCCUGCUCCACCAGAUUCAAGCUUUCCUUCUUGUAGCAGAAACUUUUAUUCGAUUUCGUUCAGGGCCAACUCCAACUGAACGCUCCAACUCCUCCAUUAAUGGCCGUUUUCGAGCGCCAUUCGCGUGAACUGUUUUGAGGGUUUCCCGCCAAACAGGGGGAGCAAUUUUUGAACUGCAAUCAUCUAUGGAGAAGUUUGUGCGGCGGGAGAAUGGAAGCUCGGAGGACAUGGAUUUCAACGACGUUUUCGGGGGGCCGCCGAGGCGGUUUUCGAACCAGGAAGUGAAGUGGAGGUACAGUUUCGGUGAAGCGGAGGAAUCCGCUGAGGAAACCGUCCUGUCAACGCCGCCAUGGAGCUCGCUUAACGAGAAGCCGGUUUUCGGAGAGGACAACGUGCACAGAAGACGACAUCAACAAGGCGAUGACUUCUUCGACGACAUAUUCAGAGGUGAAGACUCCACAUACGGUUCCCCAAGAAGGACCGAUCGUGAUCGGGACAGCGGAUUCGGAUCGAGCCCUGGUUCCAGGAUCUUGAGCCCCGCCAAGCCUCUGCCUCCAAAAGCCGAACCAUUCGGCACUUCAGUUCCUGCCCAAUUCAGUCUGCCUGCUAAGCUACACAAAGGCCUGGAGCUUCCUGCAUUUGCUUCCAAUGGCGAAUGCAAGAUGGAUGGGAGCAGCCCAAAUGGAUUAGCCACUCUAAAUUCAUCAGUUUCUUUCCCUAGAUUGGAUGAGUAUCCGAUGUACCGUCAAAGCCCUUUGUCCCGUGGAGCUUCUCUUAGGCGCGAAGAUUUGCUGUCCACGGAAGCUACUGUUGAUCAGAAAGGAAAUGUUGAAAUUUUGAACAAGGAUAAGAGAAAUGUAGAUGGCAUAGGCAAUCAGUUCCACUUCUCGAUUUACAAAUGGGCAGGCAGUGAAGUUUCUAUGCUUUUGCCUCUUGUGGGCAGGGAUUAUAUAAAACCAAGAGGCGAUAGUAAGUGUGAUCGGUCCGCAAGCUCCAAUGGGCAGAUAGAGAGUAAGAUGUCGAGCCAUGUUAUGAAAAGUAGAGGGCUUUCAACUGUAAUGUCUGAAUCCUUGAGUGCAGAAGUGAAGAAGGAAGAUUUGAGGAGAGUAGAAGAUAUGAAAGAAGUGCAAGAUUCUGUUAAAGAUAAAGUGCUUCAUGAAACUUCUGAGGUGAUGCCACGUGUCAAUGGAAGAACGGAAAAGAAAGUCUUGGUGAAGAAAGAAGCAUCGCUCCGGUUUGAGCUAAAGCCUCUUCAUGCAUUUCUUGGAGAUGAAACUGUUCAAUUAGAGAAGAAAACUGAGAAAGAAGCCCCUCUGAAGAAACAAGAAUCUCUCCGGUUUGAGCUGAAGUCUCUUCAUACAUUUCUUAGUGAUGAAGUUGACGCCAUGGAGCAAACUGAAGAAAAUGUGCCACUGAAUAAGGAGGAACCUCCUCAGUCUGAGCUCAAGUCUCUUCACGCGUAUCUCAACAAUGCAGUUGAGCUACCAGUAAACAACAUGGAGAUGAAAGAAAACAAGAACAGAACUCCUAAUGGAAUCCACAGUUCUAAAGCUGUGAAUAAAAAUGAAGGAACAAGAAUUUCUUCAAAUGGAGUAACGGACCAAUCUAACUUGCAAGCUGCAGCAGCAAAUUCAAGAGCGACUGGUGCUGGGGAUAAUGGUGUAAAGGGAAAGGUUAAGGAAUUUGUUCAGAUAUUCAACAAGGAAGCCGAUUCGAGACCUAAAGGCAGUUUUCAAAGAAGAAAUCUAAAUAAUAAAUGGACAGCUAACGAUGGUGACCAGAAAGAGAAUGGAUCAGCCACAGAUUCAGCGGACGUAAAAGAAAAGGUGGUUGAAAAUCUCAACAAUGAUGAAGCUCAUCCUCGCUCGCCUGCAACACCAACAAGUCAUACAACUCAUCGAUCUUCUACUAAUCAGAAGAAUGGAUUUGCAUCAGAGAGGCUCCGCAGAGACUCAAAGAUUUACAUGGAAAAUUUUGAUGAUCUUUUGGAAGACGAUUUCCUGGUUCAAGAGUUACCUGACGAGCCUGUAAAGGUUACAGAGAGUGAAGAUCUUGAUGACACAAAAGCUAUAGAUGCUAAAAUUCGUCAAUGGUCAUUUGGGAAGAAAGGAAACAUCCGGUCUCUGCUAUCAACACUGCAAUUUGUUCUUUGGUCUGAUAGUGGAUGGAAACCGGUGCCCCUCGCCGAUCUAAUCGAGUCAAAUUCUGUAAAGAGAGCCUAUCAGAAAGCCUUACUACGCCUACAUCCCGACAAGCUCCAGCAGAAAGGUGCAGCGUUUCAUCAGAGAUAUGUAGCCGAAAAGGUUUUCGACAUUCUUCAGGAUGCGUGGGACCAAUUCAAUACUCUUGUUCCUAUCUGACCAUCAAAUUGAGGCUGUGGUAUCAAUUCUUACUGAGCAAUUCAGAAAAGGCCAACAAGAAGAUUUCAUGAAUAACCAUGCAUGAUAUGUGUCCAAAAGUACUACUUAUUUUGAGAAGGGUGAAACAAGAAAUGCAGCCCUCAAAACUCAAAUAUGUUCAUUUAUAGUUAGUGAUGAUGCUCAUUGUAGAGAGAAUAUAUAUAUAUAUAUAUAUAUAGAGAGAGAGAGAGAGAGAGAGAGAGAGAGAGAGAGAAUAUUAGGCAGGAUGAUAUGGGCUAUGAAACAUCUGUAUUCAUUGCUAUGAUCAAGUGACUAGAGAUAAGAUAAUAAGCAUGAAAUUAGGUAGGAUGUUCACAGGUCAGGUGACACUUCAUAGUCUAGAAUAGUCUUUUGAUUCUAUAAACAUGUGUGGUUUUAGAGCUUAAAUUAAUCAACAAUUGUAUUAUAGCCGAUUGCUUUUACUGUUCGAGAUAUA